UUCUUCCUUCUCACUUUAAUUCAUCAUUUUUCUUAAUCCUUCUCUUUCUGACUUUCUCUCUCUACGCUCCACCAUUGCAAGCCAAGAGAGAGAAAGCUCACCAUGCAAAUAUGAAACUCAACAAUCAAACACCAUCAUCUUCAUCAUCAAAACUAAUCCCCAUUAUUCUCCGUUACUUCACUUUCUCUCUCUUCAUUUUCCUCCCUCUUCUCUUCCUUUUCUAUUUCCGAACAAUCUCAUCUUCCACUACCAUAACCACCACAACUCCGGGUAUCAGAAUCCGACCCGGAUACACAUCAUACGAAUCCUACAUUCAAAAACAACUCAACAAAACUCUUAACCCAAAACUCCGCCAUAUUUGGACUACUAGAGAUUGGGAUCGUAAGAUCAGAGUAUUUUCCAUCUUUUUUACACAGUUGAAAAGUUCUUCGUUGUUAUCUAACUCUUCAAAAGCGCUCUGUAUUGGUGCUCGGGUCGGGCAAGAAGUCGAGGCUCUUCGUCGGGUCGGAGUAUCCGACUCAAUCGGUAUCGAUCUUGUACCAUGUCCGCCAUUAGUAAUCCAUGGAGAUUUUCAUCAUCAACCAUUUCCAGAUGAUUCGUUCGAUUUUGAAUUCUCCAAUGUUUUUGAUCACGCGCUUUACCCGGAAAAAUAUGUUGGGGAAAUCGAACGGACGUUAAAACCCGGUGGGGUUUGUGUUCUACACGUGGCGCUUUCUUCACGGUCAGAUAAGUAUUCUGCAAAUGAUUUGAGUGGGGUGGAUCCGUUAGUGAAACUGUUUAAAAGAUCCGAGUUGGUUCGGGUUAAGAAGGUUGAUGGAUUCGGGUUGGAUACUGAGGUUAUUUUUCGGAAAAAAGAGUAAUUUAUAAGUAGGUAUUUAUUUUAAGUAUAUUUUCGUAUUUAGUUCAAUGAAAGUAUUUUUUGACGGAAUAUUUAGUAAGAUUAUUAUUAUUAUUAUUAUUAUAAGGAGAAACUAAUACAACGGUCAUUGAUGAGUUUUUGAUUGUUUCUAAAUAUGCCUUUCGCUUUGUUUAUUAUAUUAUUAUUAUUCUUUGUUUGUACGUUAGCCAAAAAAAUUUGGGUAGUUGAGUCUUUUGUUUCUUACUUUAAGAAUAAUUCGUAAUAUAAUGAUGG